AUGGUUGUUCAAGCCCGCCGUAGGUGGUGGCACAUCCAAUGGUUUGCCGAUACCGACACGCCGGAAGAGCGCAAGCUCAUUGGCAAGUUGGAUCUAUUGAUCGUGCCUUACGCCGUAUUGAGCUACUGGGUAAAAUACAUAGAUCAAUCAAACUUGAACAAUGCGUACGUCGCGGGCCUCAAAGAAGACCUUGGAUUCAAAGGAAAUGAGCUUGUUCAACUUCAGACGUUCUACAUUAUCGGUGCUGUCACAGGGCAGAUUCCAAUCAUGUUCCUGCUCACCUACAUCCCCAUGCACUGGUUGAUUCCUUUCCUCGAUAUCGCAUGGGGCAUCUUCACGCUUCUUCAGUUCCGUGUUACUGGAUUUGCCGAACUUGCAGCAUAUCGAUUUCUUGUCGGUUGGUUUGAGGCGGCCUUCUUUCCUGCCAUGCACUACUUAUUUGGCUCAUGGUAUCGUGGAGACGAGAUCUCGCGACGUGGAGGCAUCUUCUACGUGGGUCUUUCCUUGGGCACCCUGACAGCCGGCCUGAUUCAGGCUGGUGCAUCAGCUCGCCUCGAAGGUGUCAAUGGCCUUGCAGGCUGGCGAUGGAUGUACAUCAUAUGUGCAUUGAUCACCGUUCCAGUUGGCGUUUUGGGCUACUUUGUGAUUCCCGGAACACCAGAGCAGCCAAACCGCCUCGUCUUGACAAGAGAUGACAUUGAACUUAGUGUCGAGAGACUUAAACGGGCUGGGCAUACUUCCCACGGCAAGUUCAAGUUUGGCGCUCUGAAGAAGGUCGUACUCUCACCACAGUUCUGGGGCAUCAUCCUUGUCGACGUCUUCUUUUGGAAUGCGGGUAUACACACCAGUUCUGGAAGUUUUCUUCUAUGGAUCAAGAGUCUGGGCCGGUAUUCUCAGGCAAGGGUCAACGAAUUGGGAACAAUCGCACCGGCUCUGGGUAUUUUCUACACCCUUUUCGUCUGCUUCGCUUCUGAUCUCGUCAUGGGCCCGGCCUGGGCCAUUACAAUGUCGCACACGUGGAACAUCCUCGGUCUUAUCAUAUUGACCGUUUGGAACGUCCCGGAGCCAGCAAAGUGGUUCGCUUUCUCAACCAUCUACUCAUCCUAUGCGAUGUCAAGCGUCUUUCACGGCUGGGUGAACACGCAAUUGCGAUCAUCACCAGCUGAAAGAUCGUUUACCCUCGUUUUGAUCAACGCCAUUUCGCAAUCGUCCACGGCAUGGACCCCGUUGCUAGUGUUCCCCACUGUUGAAGCGCCUCGAUAUGCCAAAGGUUUUGCAUUUACACUUGGAUCAUCCGUUCUGCUUAUUAUUUCAACACAUAUUUUGCGGGUUUAUGUCAAAAAGCGAGACCCUCAAGUUGAAAACACCACAGGGUUCGCAGAAAGUGAUGACGGUCACCACGUUGAAGAAGGCAAGAGGCCACCAGUUGCAGUCAGCAGGGAUAUCCAAAAAGAUUAG